AAAAAAACCCACAGCAUGCCAUCCUCAGUCAAGGGAGCCCGAGUAACCAAAGCAAGACGAGCGUCUGCCAAAAAGCCGACAACAAACAACAGCAACACAACUACCACAACUACCACAAAGGAACCCAAGCCACUUCCGCUCAUCGAGCGCACCAACCAACUCCCACUCGACGAGUUUAUCUCGCUUUAUGUGCCCCCGGAGGGCCUCACAUUCGAGUCUCAUCCCCGGACCAUUAAUGAUACCGCGGGAGGGGCCGACGAUGAGUCGGAUAGGGCUCGUCAAGUGUACACGGCAGAGCUGUACACUGCGGAUAACAUCCCCGCGGAAGAUCUGGAAGCGUGCUUUCAGCUCAUCGAGCAUACUUCGGCUGAGGCGUACCAAAGCUCUAGCAUUGGGUGGGCGCCUGUGGCGAAAAAGAAGGAGAUGCGGUUGCCUGAUAUGAGGUAUAUUGUUGUUCGAGGGCGCGAAGUUUCGUCGACUACUGCCCGCGACGAUGCCGAUGGUGGCGAGACUAAGGGUCCGCUUGUGGGCUUUCUUUCAUUCAUGGUUACGUAUGAGGACGGGAAGGAGGUUAUUUACUGCUACGAGGUCCAUAUUCAGCCUGAGGCGCAGCGUCAGGGCUUGGGGCGGUGGUUGUUGCUGGCUUUUGAGGAUAUAGGACGCAGAGUCGGAUUGGAGCAGGCGAUGCUGACUUGUUUCUGCUCGAAUGCGGCGGCGACGCGGUGUUACAACGCGCUUGGGUAUGUGGUUGAUGAGUCUUCGCCGAGGCCGCGCCGUCUGCGGAGCGGGGUGGUACAUGAGCCGGACUACAUGAUCUUGUCUAAACGCUUAUGAUCUCGAUGGCUUGGCCGGGGUGGCGUGAAGUGACGCAAAUGC